CAUGAACACAAUCAAUUAUCUAUUUCUCCAAUUAUUCCUCAACCUAGCUCUAUUCGGCCGGGCCAAAUCCGACCCGGAUCCGCUCCAGGACUACUGCGUAGCGGACCCGGAAACCCCUCAGACAUUUUCCCUCAAUGGUGCGCCAUGCAUUGACCCAAACCUAGCAAUCUCUUCCCACUUCACCACAUCAGUCCUAUCCAAACCAGGCGACACUAAAGCCAACGGGUUCAACGUGACCCUCACCAACCCGUUCAAUCUGCCCGGGCUCAACACAUUGGGCCUGACCAUGGCCCGAAUUGACAUAGAUGCCAAUGGGAUUGUGCCACCUCACUUGCAUCCAAGGGCCUCGGAGGUCACAAUCUGCCUCACGGGCUUCCUUCUUGUGGGCUUUGUGGACACAUCAAACCGGGUCUUUACCCAGCAAUUGAGGCCCGGUGAGUCUUUUGUGUUCCCCAAGGGUUUGGUACAUUUUCUGUACAACUACGACUCGGAGGAACCAGCUGUGGCAUUGGCCGGGCUCGGGAGCCAAAACCCUGGUGCACAGAUUGUGUCUAUGGCCUCGUUCACAUCCGAGCCUUCAAACCCCGUCAAGAUUUUGAAGAAAGGGUUUCAGAUUAGUGACCUAAACGCUGCCUGGAUUCGAAGGAACCUUGGAGGUUGAUUUUGCAGGAUAGUUGCAAGAUGUGAGCGGCUGCUCAACCGGAUAUUGUACCGGUUGACUGACUAGUCACAUCCUGUAACUAUUCCGUCUCUGGAAAAAUCCCGAUUGAGCAUACCAAGCGCAAAUAUUUAUUUGUUUAUGGCAAAGAAUAUAGUAUUUUGGAAAGGGUAUGCAUGUUGCUUGUGCCAAUAUGGCUGCGAGGAAAGUGGAACGUUAGCUUAGGUUUUCGCCUACAUGCACUUGCCAACGGUCGUAUAUGAUGUAUUAUGUAAUUGUUUAAAGAACCCAAAAACUUUGUUUUAGAAUUCUAGUCAUGAAUAUACAAGGACUUAAUAUGAGGGCAAA